AUGGUGUAUCAGAAAAUUGACACCAGGCCAACAGCCACAGCCGGGGCCGCCUCCUACACACCCUUGACAUUGCCUGUAUACGACGCCUGGGUCCUCGGUCUUUCCAACUCCUUCGCUUGGAACUGCCCCACCAAGAGCGUCCAACUUCCCUUCUUCAAACAAUCCGUGGGUCACCGUCAUUUGGACAUCGGCUGUGGCUCAGGCUACUAUCCAGCCAAUGCGGCCAUAUCAGAGAAGACGGAAGUGACGCUGAUGGAUUUGAGCCCCCAUUCCCUUGCCACCGCGAAGCAUCGACUGGGCAGACCAUCAACCCAGACCGUCCAGGCAGAUGUGACGCAGCCGCUCCCUCUGAGCGGCGUUUACGAUUCCAUAUCUACAUUCUUCUUGAUUCAUUGUUUGCCCGGUCCGUUAGAUCGCAAAAUGGCACUCUUCACGAAUUUGAAGCCGCACCUUGCUGAGAACGGGACUAUAUAUGGUACCACUGUGCUGGGAAAGAAUGUGAAGCAUAAUGUUUUUGGGAAUAUCUUGAUGUAUGUGUAUAACCAGCUGGGAGUUUUCAGUAAUUGGGAGGAUGGGGAGGAGGAAAUUCGGGAAUAUUUGUGCAAGGACUACGAGAGGGUUGAGACAAGGGUUGUGGGGCGUGUCAUAAUGUUUUCGGCCUCUAAACCUAGGUUUGAAUGA